AUGGGUUCGAGCAACAUCAGCAGCCUGUCCGCAUGUCAAGAGCAGAACACGGAAGCAUGGAUGCUGCCAUCCUGCAACGAGUACCUGUGCCCUUUGCUGCCCCUGCGCUUGCUCAUCCCAGUGACUGCCGUCUGCCUGGCUUUACUGGUCCUCGGUGUGGGUGGCAACGUGUUGACCGUGGUGGUGACAAGCUACUCCCGAGAGCUGCGCAACACCACCAGUCUCUACCUGGGCAGCUUGGCUGUCUCCGACCUGCUGCUGCUCCUCCUGGGGCUGCCACUCGACUUGUACCGGCUCUGGCGCCCUGACCGCUGGGUGCUGGGGACGAUGCUGUGCCAGGUAUGGCACUGGUCUGGCGAGGCGUGUGCCUACUGCUCCAUCCUGCACCUGACGGCACUGACCGCCGAGCGCUAUAUCGCCAUCUGCUUCCCGCUGCGGGCCAAGCUGCUGGUGACGCAGCGACGCGUGAAGGCCCUGCUGCUGGUGCUCUGGACCGUGGCGUCACUCUCCGCUGCACCCUUCCUGUUCCUCGUGGGCGUCCAGCAGGUCGGCAACAUCUCCAGCGAUGGCGGCUUCAGACGUGAGUGUGGCCCCACCACGUAUGCCCAAGAGACGGGACUGCUGGGCACCAUGCUCGGGGUCACCACUCUCUACUUCGUGCUGCCCUGUCUCUGUCUCUACAUUCUCCAUGGCUUAAUCGCUAGGGAGCUUCUGCGGGCCAGUAAGGCACAUCUUGGGGGGGCAUCGUACCGGAACCACCAGCAAACUUUGCGCAUGUUAGUUGUGUUGGUUCUGGCUUUUGUAAUUUGCUGGCUGCCCUUCCACAUCGGUCGGAUGAUAUACAUCAACCCCACGAAUUCCAACAUGAUGUAUUUCUCCCAAUAUUUUAAUAUUUUUGCAUUACAACUUUUCUACUUGAGUGCUAGUAUCAACCCCAUUCUUUACAACUUCGCCUCAAAGAAAUACAGAGCUGCAAUUUACAAGCUACUGGUGACCACCAAGUCUACAGAAAGGGCUUCUACUAUUACCAAAGAGACUGCUGGCUACCUAGAGAUUAGUGGACAAUAA